AUGAAGCCCAUGCUGGACCAGGGCUCACUGGUGGCUGCUAUCAAGAGGUGCACCAGGGUUGGAGACCUCAAGGCCAUCCAAGCCCACAUGGUCCGAGCCAACCUAACCCAGGACACCUUUCUAACCAGCAAGUUGAUAGAGUCCUCCGCUGUCACAUUAUCAGGCCACGUGGCAUACGCCCAUCGCAUAUUCUCAUGUACCCACCAUCCAAAUCUCUUCAUGUGGAAUACCAUCAUCAGAGGCUACUCCAUAAGCGACUCACCCAUCACUGCCAUCGCACUCUACAGAGACAUGUUUCUCUGCGGCAUUUCACCGAACAGCUACACCUUUGGGUUUGUUCUCAAGGCAUGUUGUAAACUACUGAGACUUUGCGAGGGCCAAGAGCUUCAUUCACAGAUUGUGAAAGUGGGUUUGGAUUUUGAGACUCCACUCGUCAACGGAUUGAUCAAACUGUAUGCCGCUUGUGGGUGUAUGGACUAUGCAUGCGUGAUGUUCGAUGAAAUGCCUGAGCCAGACAGUGCUUCUUGGAGCACCAUGGUUUCCGGGUAUGCCCAAAAUGGGCAGGCAGUGGAGGCCUUGAAGUUGUUCCGAGAAAUGCAAGCGGAGAAUGUGAGCAGUGAUGCGUUCACUUUGGCUAGUGUUGUGGGGGUGUGUGGCGAUUUGGGUGCUCUAGACUUGGGCAAGUGGGUUCACUCUUACAUGGACAAAGAGGGUGUCAAAAUUGAUGUUGUGUUGGGCACUGCCCUUGUGGGCAUGUACUCAAAGUGUGGGAGUUUGGAUAAUGCUCUCAAAGUCUUUCAAGGGAUGGCUGAAAGAGAUGUGACGGCAUGGUCCACCAUGAUUGCAGGGUAUGCAAUACAUGGGCACGGUGAGAAAGCUCUGCAAUUGUUUGAUGCCAUGAAAAGAUCAAAGACAAUUCCCAAUUGUGUCACUUUCACUAGUGUUUUAUCCGCAUGCAGCCACUCCGGAUUGGUUGAAAAGGGUCAUCAAAUUUUCGAGACCAUGUGGACUGAAUACAAAAUUACUCCCCAAAUAAAGCAUUAUGGCUGCAUGGUUGAUCUAUUCUGCCGAGCAGGGAUGGUGGGUCAUGCCCACAAAUUCAUCCAAACAAUGCCCAUUGAGCCUAACGUUGUUCUUUGGCGAACACUGCUUGGUGCCUGCAAGACACAUGGAUAUAAAGACCUUGGAGAGCACAUAAGUAGAAAAAUCCUCAAGUUAGAUCCAAGCAGCCCUGAGAAUUAUGUGCUUGUGUCCAAUGUGUAUGCUUCUCUAGGCAGAUGGUCAAGCGUUUGCCAAGUUAGGAGCCUAAUGAAAGACAAGGCACCCAAAAAACAACAUGGGUGGAGCUCCAUAGAGAUAAAUUUCAUGGUCCACAAGUUCAUCAUGGGAGAUGAAUCACACCCAGAAAGGGAAAAGAUUUAUGGGAUGCUUCACCAAAUGGCUAGAAAGUUGAAACAAGUGGGUCAUGUAAAUUCUACAGUUGAUGUGCUCCAUGACAUAGAUGAAGAGGAAAAAGAAUAUGCAUUAGGCCUUCAUAGUGAGAGGCUGGCUAUUGCUUAUGGCCUGCUACACACCCCCAAUGGCUCACCCAUUAGAAUUGUGAAGAACCUUAGAGUUUGCAGAGACUGCCAUGAGGUCAUAAAGCUCAUAUCCGAGGUUUACAAUAGAGAAAUAAUAGUAAGAGAUAGAGUUCGUUUCCACCAUUUCAGAGAAAGAGGGUGUUCUUGCAAUGACUAUUGGUAA